GUAAACUUCGGGGAUACAGGAGUCCGCUGUUGUGGGGUGAACUGAGGGAGACGGAGAUAGGGAGAACGAACUAGGAGUGAGGGAGAAGAUAAUAGUCACAAAAAUUAACUGGGAGUGAAGGAGAUAGAGAAAAGAGGCAUCCGAGAGAUAAGGGAGGUUUAAGGAGCAACUGAGACAUAAAAAUUAUCUGGGCGAGGCGCAAAGGAACUAAGAAAUAAGAAGGAGCCGAGAGAAAUAAGAAAUAAGACUACUGAGAGAAUUGGGAGUGAGACAAAAUUGAGAGUGGACUGAAAGAGGAAUAAGUAAGAAAAUUGAGCGUGAGAAAGCAGAAGGAUCUGAGAGGCAACCAAUAACGAGGGAGAAGGGAACAGAGAAAUAAGAGGGACAGAAAGAGAAGCGGUCUAUUGGGAGAAUUAAGAUUGAGACAGAAAAGGGGUAAUAGUAAGAUCAGAGUAAAAGGUAAAACUUCUAUAAAGAUAGAAGAGAAAGGUGAGAGAGAAUAAAGCUCACAAUUCAUAGAGACUCAAUAUUUGACUCAGCUGAGUAAAGUAGAAAACUGAACGUCAGUGAGGAGAGAAAGGACAACUACACUAGAAUACAAGAAAACUGAGAUAGGAGAUAAGUGAGAAAUAAGAAAGAGGAAGUUUUAACUGGGGAGAUAGGUGAUACCUCAGGAUAAGACCAGAAAUCUAAGAAAAGUGACAGAGCUGAAAGCUAAUUGAGUGAAAUAAAAAAAAAGCUGAGACAAGAAAGAAGUGGGAGAGAAAGGAGGCACCCAGGGGAGCUAGAAACUGGUGAGAGACAUAGGAGACAACUGUGAGAAAGCUAGGGAUAAAAGGGAAAGGAAACAGAGAGGAGAGGCAACAGACACAAGGAAACACUGAGAUAAAGGAGAACUGAGAGACAAGAGGAGACUGAGAAACAGAAGUCCGAGAAAUAAUUAUGUAACCUGAGACAGAAAUAGAGAAGUGAGAACUAAAAGACACACAUCAUAUUGAGGGAUAGGGAGGAGAAAACUGAGUGGGAGAGCUUUGGAAGCAAGAUAGAAAUGAACAAAGAGAGAGGUAGUUGAGGUUAGAGAAAACGAAGAGAGAAUAGGAAACAAUUGAGAUACAACAGAGUAUAAAUAGAAAAGAAAGACUACUGAGAGAAUUAUGAAGAUAAUUGGAUUGAAUAUCAGAGACAGAGAACUAACUGAGCACGAGAUAGGAAAAGGAGGCAACUGAGAAAACAAGUACCAAAAAUCGACAGAAGUGAAUAGAUACAUCUGUGAAAUAUUGAGAUAAUUCAAAAAAAGAGCACAACAGAAAGUAAUAUCAAACAGAUGUGAACUGAGGUUCAAAAUGAAAAUAAGUGAAAAUUGAGAGAAAUAGAAGUAUUUGUUGAGAACGGGCAGGGAACAAAUUACAGACACAGACAGCAAGAUAUAGCUAAGGCUUUGUGCUAGAGAAAGUAUCGAACAACCAGAAACAGCACGAGGAGUGAAAAGAAAUGUAGUGGGAAAGAAGCUUUGAGAGGAAUCAGAAGCUGGGAAAGGGGGAAGGAUUACGUGAGAUAGACAAGAGUAUACUGUGAGGAGCAGAUUGAUCAAGUACACUAAGAGACUGAUCAAGUGCUAGUGGUAUUUGAGUGUGAGCACACUGGGUGGAUAAAAGGGAGAAGAAUCAAAAGGGAGGAGACAGGAAAAUGAAUUUUGGAAACAAAUUUGAGGAUCGUAAAGGAUCUCUUGCUCUCCGCUCAACUCAAAAGACAUAUGCCAGACCUGUGUUGGUCUGCAACUGGUACCAGUACAGGGAAGGGGAGCCUAAAGAUUAUGAUAUAGAUGCAGUACCACGGGGAGAGAAGAAAAACUUGUUCCGCUCAGCGUAUAAACGCCUUUCAAACCUUGGUGAUGAAGAUUGGACUACCACUACAGAGUUGUUUAUGUCACAAAUUAAUUUAAAGGAUGAUUAUCGACUGAGGGAAAGAAAGUCAUUAAUGGACAUGAAGGAUACCAUGACGGAGUUUUUUGGGAGAACUUCUGGCUGCCCUGAGGCAAACCAUUGCAAUGCUCUACCAAGACAUCAUCCAGACCACUUCAAGAUGUUUCUGGAAACAACAUACACUUACGACUUCCCUCCGCCUUACCAUUAUACUCCAAGUUCUAAAGAGGUGCCAAAGAGAACAGUCGACUUUAGGAAGUGCCAUUCCCAGUUUGUGGAUAGGGAUGAUUAUCGUCACUGUGGCUGGAAUACCUGGCUGGAUGAGAGUGGCAUCUACCCCAACUCUGAACUCAAGAGAAUCCUCUUACCACCAUUCAAUCCAAUACCUUCUCGCCUGAACUAAACCCAGUGUUUUUGCAAAGACUACUCAACAAGAAGCUUUUACUCUGCACACAGGGGAAUGUCUUUUAGUUUGUUCACUUUAAUACUUUUCUAAUAACUUUGACAUGUAUUGAAAUUUUUGCUGACUAAAUAAUGAAAAUAUAAAUUACCCUUCUCUCAUAGUUAAGAAAAUACUCCUAUCCUUAGAAUUCAUAUAAUCCAUUUGAUUUUGUGGCUUUCCACCCUGUCCUUCAACCUCCCAUACCUCCUACUAAUCUUCAUUUUAUGACUUGGAAUGAUCCAUUUUGUGGAAUUGCUGGCCAAUAACAUUUCUUCAGUAGAGUUUAUGAAGAAUCAAGUUUAAAUUCUGUUUGAACAUGCUAAAUAGUUUAUAACAAUACUUGCCUUGUGUGUCACUGGUAAAUAAAUUAGGGUUUGGGUGCCAGAGAUUUAUAGCAUCCACUAAGAAUGUCAUCCUUACAAUUAGCAAAUCCUAAGCUUUUUUGCUCUGUUACAUUACUGUCUACCCUGAAUUCCUUCUGAGUCAUCUUACUGAACUUCUAAUGCUCAUGUAAAGGUCUUUGCAUGCUGGCAAGUAUUGAUUCAGGAGAUUUGCCCUUCUGUGAUCAUGUCAUGCCAGUAUGAUAUGGAGCAAAAUUUGAGAUGGUCUUCCAUUAUGCUUGAGGGUGUGUGUGUGUGUGUGUGUGUGUAAACCCUGUAUAUGUGUGGAGCAUUAUUUAUAUUUGUGUCUGUAUGUGCUUGUGCAUUAUUAAUGGUUGGUGUGCAGUAGGUGCUAUUUAUGCUUGUGUAUGUAAUUGGUUUGAAUGUGUGAUUAGUGGGUGUAGUGUUUGAGUGUGAUGUGAACGGGCCUUGCUAUCAUGUGAACCCAAUCAUCCCAUAACUGAUGGGGGAUUUAAUUAGGAUCUAUCAGGGGUCUAUACAAGAUGGCUAUUUUCCUUAGCACAGACAUCAGUAAAUUGGGGCCAUAUAUUGAGAAUAAUUGACAGAAGGAUUCAAAGGACUUGAUAGAUUUCUUUACCCAAAGGGAGUCUGAAACUUGCUGUCUAAUGGUAUAAAGAAUGCAAAAAAAAAAUAGAAAAUUUUCAAAAAGUAUGUUAAUGAGCAUUUGAUGUUCUGGGACCUAUAGGAAAAUGGAUCUCGAGCUGGACAAAUUUCUUCUCAUCCAGCAGGGAUAUAAUGGGCUGAAAAUAAUCCAUUUUUACCAUAUUGCAGAUGCUAGAAAUCUUGAGCAACACAUACAAAAUGCUGGAGGAUCUCCCAGGUCAGGCAACAUCUAAGGAUAGAUAUAAACAGGCAAUGUUUCAGGCCGAUACCCUUCAUCAGGAUUGGAAAACAAGGGCACCAAAGCCCAAAAAAAUAGAGGAGGGGGAGGAAUAUAAGCUGGGUGAUAGGUGAGACCA